AUGAAAGCCAUAUUGCCAUCUAUUAUUUCUGAUAUACAAACUGCCUUUUUACCUAGACGCCUCAUCACUGAUAAUGUUUUAGUAGCAUACGAGUUAGUUCAUUACCUUAAGCAGAAAAGGGAGGGAAAGAAGGACUUUAUGUCCUUGAAAUUGGACAUGUCUAAGGCUUAUAACCGGGUAGAGUGGGAUUUUCUUGAGUGUAUCCUAUUAAAACUGGGUUUCAACAGUGGAUUGAUGGGUCUUAUUAUGAAAUGUGUUACCUCAGUUUCCUUUUCUAUUUUAGUGAAUGGAAAUCCCACUGAACCCAUCUCUCCAACUCAAGGACUUAGACAAGGGGACCCACUGUCCCCUUAUCUUUUUCUCAUUUGUACUGAGGCUUUGGUCAGUUUGCUAAAGAAUGCUGAGUUGGAUAGAUCUGUAAAGGGAGUUAGAAUCUGUACGGGGCUCCAGUUUUGA